GUGCAAAGCAGACAGACGUUCAGGUCACUUCCGCUCACUUCCUCCGCUGGAUGGUUACAUGCUACGAGCGUGCCCGCGCAGCUCGUUCACAGAGAGAGGGGGUGCGUCCUUCAGGUCUGUCGGUGCUGAAGGACGGACUCCGGACCGACACCGCGCCGAGCGACCGGGACGCAAACGGCCGUGAUUGAAGACUGAAGGACCCUCGCAGGUAAAGGUGUGUCCUGAUGUUGGCUAAAGUCAGACGCUCAUCUGUGCAGAUGUUCUGUAAUUUCCCACUGUUCUCCUGUUACCUGCUGAGACUGAGCUAGGCAGGGUGAUAAUGAUGUCAGAGCAGUUGGAGCUCAGUGAUGACGUAGGUGUCCUGCCCCCCCAUGAGGUGGAGCCCCCCAGGGAGGAGGAUGGACCCUGCCCCUUACCCUUCAGGAUGCAGCUGAUCGAUGACCUGUCCUACGAAGAUGUGAAGAAGUGUUACAGAGGAUCAACUGUCAGCAAAUACAACUCUCAGUACCACAAACUGUUCCAGACGGUUCCUAAAGAGGAGGUCCUGAUGAAAGCGUACUCCUGUGCUCUGCUGAGAGACAUUCUGCUGCAGGGACGCCUCUACAUCUCCAGGAACUGGCUGUGUUUCUACGCCAACCUGUUCGGUAAAGACAUCAAGGUGUGUAUACCGGUGGUGUCGGUCCGGCUGGUAAAGAAGCACAAGACGGCAGGUCUGGUUCCAAACGGCCUCGCCAUCACCAUGGACACGGGACAGAAGUAUGUGUUUGUGUCCCUGCUGUCUCGAGACAGCGUCUAUGACGUUCUCAGGAGGAUCUGCACUCACCUCCAGGUGAAUGGGAAGAGUCUGAGUCUGAAGCAGUACCUGGAGGAGCCCAGCUCUCUGUCCAUGGACGAGUUUCCAGAGGUGUUGAAAUGGAGGCGGAAACCGUCACUUCCUGCCGUCUCCUCCUCCCUCCCUGACUUGCUGGGAAACUCCUCCCCCAGCCUCGCUGCUGACACCACCUUCAGCGCUCACACGCUCACAGACAGCAGCCUGGAGACUGAGAAGAUCCUGCUGACAGAACCAGUACCUGAGCUGGGCCACACGGAGUACCAGCUGCUGAAACUGUUCAUCCUGCUGGUCUUCCUGCUGGUUCUAUCAUCCUGCUAUCUCGCCUUCAGAGUUUGUCGUCUGGAGCAGCAGCUCAGCUUCCUGAGCAGCCAGCCGACGCUGAGAGAGAGGUGUGGAGAGGUGCCCUGCUGGCUGGCCAAUCAGAAGACAGGAACCUGAUCGCUCAUGAGCACGAAGAGAGAGUUUGCAUUGUAGAGAAUUAGCUGGUGUUAAGAGGAGAUGGCUCUCGGGAGGACGAAGGAGCCGUCAGCGGCUAAACUCUGACCCCCCGGGACCUGGUUACCAUAGAGACAUUACAAUAGUCAACACUAACCUUUGACCUUUGGGACAGAAAUUUUGGAGUGUGCAUUGCUGGGUCAAAGAAAGUUCAGGGUCCCGAGGACAGAAAAUAUGAUGUAAGAUACAAAACUGUGCAGAAGUAUUCGGUUCUUUAGAUGUUCAGACUGUUUUCCACCUCAGCGCCGGGAGGUGUCCGCACAUCCGGCCUGUCUGUCCAGCUCUGAUCCGAAACCAGCGACUGAUUGUCGUGUCGUGUCAAUGCAGUAUGCCUCCUGCUGGCCAUACUGCAUUGGUUUCACUUAGGUCUGGCUCUGUCUACGGGCUCAUCAGAUAACCAUUUUAGAGGGCGUCAGGCUGAUGUUCUUCGUCCUUCUUCUGAUAGGCUGCACAAACCUGCCGAGAUCAGCGUAGCAAUUUUUUUUCGUGAACUGCCCCGAUGGAGGUCCCUCAAAGGUGGUUCCUGGGGUAGACAAUGGUGCUGUCUGUUUGUGGGUUUGUACUCGUCAUAGGUUAAAUAAGCACCAAGCUUCUCCAGUGUCUCUGGACAGCACCUACCUGCAGUAAGUGCUUUUCUCCUCACCAAGACCCUUAAAGUGCUUUUGGGGGUAUUUGGUCAAAAGCAGCUAAUUUCACGAUGACGCUGAGACAGACUGAAUCCACAAAAUAUCUACAUUGAAUUCUUUAACCUCUUAACAUGGGUUAGGGUCAGUGCCACAUGCUGAAUGAGCACAGAAACUAUAAGAAGUUUCCUCUCAGAUCGGCUUUUAUUUCAGUCUGCACUGCUGCCUGAAUGGCAACAAAGUUCAUCUGAAUUUAGGCCUUAAAGUUCUUCUGUUAUUGGAUUAGAGGGCUAUAUGUGGCUUUAAUCUUUCAUCUUUUAACCUCUAAAACUUCCAUAGAGUGAUGGAAACGAGUUUCCGUGUGUCUGAUCCCAUUCCUCGUAAUCAUGGACGGGAUCUGAAGGUGCAGUCGGAAUGAGGAGGGUGUCUGGGAUGCUCGGCCGCUCAGCUGCUGUUGGUUUGCAGCUGGGACGAAUGGGUUGUUACCUGAAGCGAAGCAGGUGUCGUAUCUUACUAAUCCAGGUUAGGACCUCUACGGAGAUGAGCGUGCUGAGUCAGAAGGCAGAUUUUUCAAAUUUAUCCUUCACUCCAUGUUCCGACCCUCACCUGCAGUCAUGUGUGUGGGUGGCGACUAGAAAAAUGAGAUUGCAGAUGCAAGCAGCUGGAGGUUCAUUCCUCUUCCCUGAAUCAGUCCAUCUGUGACCAAUUCAGGGAAGAAAUGAUGGACCAGGAGUUCUCCUCCUCGUGCAAACUUCGAGCUCUUGACCUGAAACCAACAUGACGGCCUGCCUGAAAACCUCCUCUUACACUACACAAAGACCUCAGACUGUGAAAUCACACUGAAUCCCAACUGGUUUAAGUAAAGUUAACUUGUCCUCAACUUCAUGCAAGAAAAGAGCAGCCAGCUCAUCUUUACCAGAUUGAAUUCAUGGCUGGGUUUCUGCACAUAGACAUUUCUCAGCUGGCUGGGAAGAUUUCCAGAUCCCUGUAGGAGGAAUUGAAACUUUUCCAGAGGAUAAACACUCCUGAAAUUCUCUGCUUUGAUCUCAGCUGACCUCAGAUAGGCAGAAGGACAUGUACAUACAGUAGAUCCCAGCCAGAGAAAAACCUACAAACACCUGCUGUGAAUGAAGCAGGUAAACAUGUUUAAUCAUCCUCAGUGUUGCUCAGGAUUAAUAAGCUCACAUCGCUGCAGCAUUUUAUGACUGUUUCUCCUCCUAAUAUCUACACAGACGGUAUGUGAACUUCGGAGAAGAACAUGGUGCUCCCUUCACGGCUCAGCUCUGCAUUCAUAACUCCACUGAUUUUUCCUAAAAGAUCCUCAGAAAUAAAGAGCAGCAGAAUAAUAACGGUUAAUAGACAGACUCAGUCGCCACCUUACGUUCAAGCCGUAGCAUCAAGAUUUGAAUGUUUUUAUACAGAAAAUCUCACUUUUCUCAACCUGAGUCUGUCUGCACCUUUGUGCAUAUUUCCCUCUGAUAUUUUAUCUGAUUGGCUGUUUGUAUGAAGUGUGAUGAAUGUGCACAAAGCUGGUCUUAACAAGCUGGAAUGCAUAAUUA